UGUCUCGUCAACGCGAAACCAACCCUUAUUUUCUUCCACCACAUGUUCCUCCUCUUGAACAUCAACAUGAACCACAACAUCCUCCUUUCUCUUCUCAAUUUCCACCUUCUAAUGCAAGAAAUCAAACGCCACAUGAACCACAACAUCCUCCUUUCUCUUCUCAAUUUCCACCUUCUAAUGCAAAAAAUCAAACGCCACAUGAACCACAUUCUCCUGGAGAUUCUUAUUUUCCAAGUCCAACGAUGCCAGUGUCAACGAGACAUUCCCAGCCACAACUUCAUUCAGGACCACAACCACAUAGUACUGGUCAUGACUCUCACUUACCAACACCAGUACCUCCACCACGACAGCAGCAGCAACAUUCAGGAUCUCGACCUCAUAGCCAACAUCAUCGUCACUCUUCAGGUCUAGUGCGAGUACCCACUAGGCGUAAAACUAGGCCAUUUGCAUGGCUAGUUGCAGGUUUUUGUGCACUUUUCUGGGUCAUGGUAAUAGUGGCUGGCCUAGCAAUCCUCAUUAUCUAUCUUGUAUUUCGUCCAAGAAAUCCAAAGUUUGACAUAACUAGUGCUACACUAAACGCAGCCUAUCUUGACAUGGGAUACCUCCUUAAUGCUGACAUUACUAUACUUGCAAACUUCACAAAUCCAAACAAGAAAGGCAGGGUGGAUUUCCAUUAUGCCAUUCUAGAUCUUUAUCAUGGUGGACACCUACUGGCUUCCAGUUACAUGGACCCUUUCUCGACAAUGAGCCAUGAGUCGAGGUUUCAAGAUGUACACUUGGUGAGCAGUCAAGUGAGACUUUCUUUGGAACAAAGCCAACAACUGAAGAAAGAAGUGGAUAAUGGAAGAGUGAAAUUUGAAGUGAAGGGCUUGUUUAGAGCAAGGUCUAACUUAGGGAGUUUCCUUCAAUACUCCUACUGGUUGUAUGCCCAGUGCACUAUUGUGGUUACCAGCCCUCCAACUGGUGUCUUGAUUGGCAGAAAGUGCACAACGAAGCGCUAACAGUCCAUAGGGCUUAUUAUUUGGACUUCAAGAAAUGGUUUCAGUUACCUGUGCUCUCUGCUCUUUCACUCAUGUUUUGGUUCUAUCUUCUAUCUUCUGUCAAAAUAUAUGAUCUGGGGCUUUUUAACCUUUUACCAUUCUUUGUACUUCUCGGUCAAUUUUACCCACAACACCUUUAUAUAUUGGAAGAGCUUUAUAUUGUUUUUA